CUGAAGGUACCGAGAUCAUUCGAAUGUCCUUCACUCUGCUCAGUCUCAGCUCCAUCGAACAGCAGUCACUCUUCUUAUACUUCGGCAAGCAGCGGCGAUACAUUUCGGAGAGUAUCCAUGAACAGCUACGGGAGCAGCCUUACAGAUAACACAGACUCUACUUUCGAAAUUGAUUCAAGGCGAUCAUCGGCGUGGUCCACGCUAAAAAGCAACACUAUAGAAGUGGGCGGAAGCGGGCGGAAGGCUGCUGUGAACAUCACACUAGAAGGUUCUAGUAAUAAUUCUCAGAAAAAAAAUUCGUCAGUGAGCAGAGGUAAACUGAGAAGGAUUGCCACCCAGGUCACACGAGCAAUUCGACGGAAACGACGCGAGUCUUUGGCUAUUCGGCGCGAGUCUCGGGCCACACGCGUGGUUGCGGCUAUUUUAGUGGCAUUCUUAAUUUGUUGGAUACCGUACUUCUGUGCCAGCGUGAUCCGGGGUAUUGCAAUGGGCUUGCACAUACGAAUUGACGUUCACCUACAUCUACAAGUUAAUAUACAUGUGCCUAAACAAGAGUUUUCGUGCCACAAUUCAGCGAAUGAUUGGCAAGAAAAAAAUAUGAGCAACGACUACGGAAUCACUUAA